CGCGCGAGCGCCAUGCUGGGCUUGCUGGGAGGCCGGCUAACGCUGGGCCUGCGGGCCUCAGCGUGGGGCCGUGCCCGCUGUUUCCCGGUUCUGACGCGUGCCGCGGGAGCGCCCCAGGUUGGGGAGCGGACGGCUUCUGCCCCGCCGGAAGCUCGCGGGCGCCCUCUCAGCCUGGCGGCCGUGGUAAGCUCGGCGCCGCGCCCUCUGCAGCCCUACCUGCGCCUCAUGAGGCUGGACAAGCCCAUAGGAACCUGGCUACUGUAUUUGCCAUGUACCUGGAGCAUUGGUUUGGCAGCUGAACCAGGUUGUUUUCCAGACUGGUACAUGUUAUCCCUCUUUGGCACUGGAGCUAUCCUGAUGCGUGGAGCAGGCUGUACUAUUAAUGACAUGUGGGACCGUGACUACGAUAAAAAGGUUACAAGAACAGCAAAUCGUCCGAUAGCUGCUGGAGACAUUUCAACUUUCCAGUCCUUUGUUUUUCUUGGAGGACAGCUGAGCUUGGCACUGGGUGUUCUUCUGUGUCUGAAUUACUACAGUAUAGCUCUGGGAGCAGCAUCCUUACUUCUCGUCAUCACUUACCCACUAAUGAAAAGAAUCACAUACUGGCCUCAGUUAGCCUUGGGGUUAACUUUUAAUUGGGGAGCAUUGCUUGGAUGGUCUGCUAUCAAGGGUUCCUGUGAUCCAUCUGUGUGCUUGCCUCUUUACUUUUCUGGAGUUAUGUGGACACUGAUAUAUGAUACCAUCUAUGCCCAUCAGUAUUGAAGAUUGAACCCAAUCCUCUGGCAUGCUAAGCAAGUGCUCUACUACUUUAGCCAUGCUCCCAUGAUUUGAUAUUUCAUUAUAAAGUGAUUGCCAAAAUUAAA